AUGUCUGGUAUACCAGGAGACUCCCAUUUCCAGGCGGGGCGCCCUCGAAAAGUCUGUUUUCAACUGGAGGAAGCGGAAGGCCGAGAUGCAGGUAGAGUGCCUGACCACCGGUACGACUCAGAGUCCCGAUACACGUCGGGAGAUCAGCACACUGACGUUACCAUACAUCCAAGUGAAGAGGAGUACUAUUGGUGGGCUGUCUUUGUCGGGCGCCAUCCAAAUCUUUUUCAAACGAAAGAAGAGGCCAUUGCAGAGACUGUGGGUGUCUCCGGCGGACGUUAUCAGGGGUACCCGUCUCUUGAUGCUGCGUUCGAUGCCCUUAGAAAAGCGAGGGUGACUGGAAAGGCUGUAGAGCGAUGGGGCCCAGGAGAGAUGCCGGGGCCGCAGACGAAUCCGUUCCAGGCGGGCGCCAAACCCCACCUCACGAUACAAAGCACUGGGGCAUCUUCAUCCGCUCGUAGAAAGAUAUUCAAGUCACCUUCGAAGCCUACGUCCAAGUCACCUUCGAAGUUACCAUUUCGACAUAAACCAAUCCAGGCCUCCCCGCCUACCUGCAUCGUGCCCUCUCCAUUCUUGGCUAUCAGUGAGAAGGGAAUUGGUGCAUUUAAAACUCCCCCACCCGCAUCGUCAUCUUCCUUUUGCUUGCAAUACUCGCAUUCCUCCGUGCCUACACCAGUGGCGGGAUCGACGACUGACGAUGCUGUGAUCUCGCCAUCUGCUGGGCCUUCGCAAUCUCUGACGAUGUGGGAGGAGGAGACUUCUGGUGGCAUGGAGGACAUCCCGAGCACUUUGGACGUGGGACAUCACGCAGAAACACCGUCGCGGUCGUUGGCAGGAAAAGUCCUACGAACAUUGGUAACAAUGUCCUUUGGGGCCAUUGGGAAGACGGAUUCAGUUCCUGAUAAUAAUUAUCCCUCGAAUUGA